CCCGGAGGUCCCUCAGUGCCGCCCUUCGCCGCGGCACCUCCCCCGUCCUGGCACCUGUGUCUCCCGAAAAGGCGGGAUUACCGAAGAGCGAGGCCCCUGACCCUCGCCCGACACCCCGGAUGCUUCUCGCAGCCCCCCCGACGAAGGUCGAUCUCGACGUGCCUCCGCCGCCAUGAAAACAUCUUCCCGCUUGGUCCUACUCCUCCUGGCUGUCGCCGGUUGCAUUCUCUCGGCCGAGGCCGGGUGCUCCACGCGGGAGCUCUCCCGACGCCUUGAGAAGUUCACCAUCGUCUGUGCAAGGACUGCCUCCAAGCUGUGCGGCUCCUCCUGCACCAAGGACUUUUACAAGAUCAGCAACUGCCGCGGCACGCCUCUCUGCAUGACCAACAUGGAGGAGCAUGUCGCGCGCUGCCAGAUGCUCGAGCCCUAUUCCUACGGAGCCACGAUCACCCCCGGCACGGCGCCGUACGAUUGCAAUGACGCCGGGUCGCUCCACGCCCGCGGCCGCCUUCCAAGCAUCCUGGCCUUCAGCCUCAUCCUGGCUCUGCUUGCGAUGUUUGCCGUCUAAGUGUCAGCCCGGCCCGUGUGCCGGGAUUAUGCCAUCUCAGCGCCCCUCUGGCGCCUCACCGAGCGUAGCAUCGCCUUUCCUCGGUUGCAAUGUUGAUCCCCCAGCACGUCCGGAGCCAUUACGAAGGACACCCUCGCUGGGGUGCCUUCCCUGUGCGACCGGUGGGCCGCCCUUCAUUCGGAGUGCCUCCGAGGCGGGACGGCCCCCUCUGCACCCCUCCCACGAAGGGGGCGGGCGUGCGGCGCGAUUUUUUUCCCGCCCCGCCGACCAUGCUGAAGAGCCAAUAUUGCCGGAAUACAAGACCGCCAUCACGCUUGGGUGGGAUUGACUUGUCCGAUCCCCAAACCAUGUGGGUGCCAAGCCCC